UUGAAUAGGUGGAAGUGAUAACAGUAUGCGUGCAAUUUAAAUGCAGAUCGUUGGAAAUAUGGUGCCGUUAAUUAAAUACGAAUGACUGCUGCGAUUUUCGGUUUGUUUUUAUUUUUCCAAAGGAAAUAUUUACAGAUGAUCUAUUAACAUGGAUAACGGAAAUACUGUUGUGGAAGAAGUGGCUGCAUCGUUAGUAAGAGAAUAUCUCAGUCGAAAGGGACUGAAGAAAACUAUUAUGUGCAUGGAUGAAGAACUUCCACGCACUGAUUUAAGUAUUAAUAACAGAAAUGAGCUUCGCAAAAUAUUACAUCUGGAUUCACUGUAUAAGAAAAACAAGGUCCAGAAAGUCCAACUUAAAGCAAUGCUGGAAAUUAUUGUAAAACAUUUAAUGGAAACUACUCAACAAACUAUUCCAACAGCAGAGACUGAUUUAUUUUUUGUUCAACAAAAAACAAAGGUGAAAUCCAAGCCUGCAGGGGCACUGAGUGUGCAGUUGUCUGAUGUUGCUGAUGAUGAGACAGGUGGAAGCACAGCUGUUUCCGAACAGAGUAAAACAGAUUUUGGAAGGUCUGCUGAUGACAAAACACACAUCUCCUACACAAAAGCUCCUUUCAAAACUUCCCCAGGGUACAUUAAGGCUGCAAUACUGCAGGCUGGCAGCAGCGAGCCAUCUUCAGAAGGUGAAUGGGAAAAUCUGCCAAAGUUUAUGUCUUCAGCAAAUGACAAUGAAGGUGUCAGGUCUGCUUUUAGUACUGGUGAAGUAAAAAAUGCUUUUGCAGAACUUCAGAAGCAAAGAUCAACUCGCCCACUGCGUGGUAUGAUGGCAGGACCCAUUUCUAGUUCCCAAGAUGACUGCGGUAAAAAACGAAUUUUUAGGAGAUCUUCAGCAUCAAAUUUGGCUAAUCCUCCAAAAGAUGAAGAUGUGCACAACAGACAAUUACAUUUUCAGCCUGCAAAUACUGCUGCUGUUAACGACUUAUUUCCUCAUGAAACAGAUGUACAGUUACAGAGUACGCAGGACAAAAAAACAGAUUCUGCCUCAAAGACAUUGCUUUCAUCCCAAAAACUGGUACAGAAACUCGAUUUUAAAGAAGAUACUUUGAAACUGAGAAAUGAAGUUAAAUCUCUUUUCAAGGAAAUGCCAAGCAUUCGAAGGAAAGAUUCUUCAGAAAACUUUGAACCAGAUCACAUCCAACUGAAGGCUAUGGAAAUAGAUGACAUUGAGGAGGAUGAGAGGUUUGAAGGAGGCAAAACCCACGUUUUUUCCAGUGUGAAGAAGAUUAAUGUAGAUGCAUCUCCUAUUGAUUUAAACCUUGCCAUUGAACUUAAAAAACUCUUAUUUGGCUCCAGCAAUGCCUGCUUUAACGAAGAAUGGAAGAUUCAAAGUUUUGUAUUUAGUGAAUUACCAGAUUUAAGAUAUGGUAUUGUGCAGAAAAAGGGUGGUUCUUGCGGGAUUCUUGCAUCUGUUCAAGCCUGUGUAUUACAAAAACUAUUGUUUGAAGAUGGAAGCAGUGACAGCAGAACUCAUAAGUUAAAACCAUCAAGGACUCAACUAAGCAAAUGCCUUGCUUUGGCCAUAGCAGAAAUUUUGUGGCGUGCUGGUGAGAAAAAGAAAGCUGUUGUUGCUCUUUCUUCAGGCAGAAAGCAUUUUAUUCCAGCUGGAAGGUAUAAAACUGAUGGAAUUCUAGAAACGGUGAUAUUGAAUACAGUCAAUACAGUAGAGGAUUUAACUUUGUUCCUUGAACAAAAUAUUCAGCAGUUUGAACUCGGCCCAUAUGGAUGUAUUUUGCUUACCCUGUCUGCAAUAUUUUCAAGAUCUAUGGACUUAAUUAGGAAAGAUUUUGAUGUUCCAAGUAACACUCUGAUUGGAGCCCAUGGAUACUGCACGCAGGAACUAGUAAAUCUGCUACUGACUGGAAAAGCUGUUUCAAAUGUAUUUAAUGAUGAAAUACAGUUAGAUUCUGGGAAUGGAAAUAUCACUCUAUUAAAAGGAAUUAAAGGAAGAAGUGAUAUUGGAUUGCUUUCACUAUUUGAACAUUAUAACGUAUGUAAGGUUGGCUCCUAUUUAAAAACCCCAAGGUACCCCAUCUGGGUGGUUUGUAGUGAAAGCCAUUUCAGUGUUCUGUUCUGUUUGCGUAAGGAGUUACUUAGUGACUGGAGGAUUGAAAGACGGUUCGAUUUGUAUUACUAUGAUGGACUAGCUAAUCAGGAAGAAGAAAUUCGUCUAACUGUGGAUACUUCUCAAAGCAGUGUUCCUGAAACAGACAGUGAGCUCACUCCUCCUCUUGAACAUUGCAUCAGGACAAAGUGGAAAGGAGCUUUGAUUGACUGGAAUGGAACAGAGCCCAUUCUCUGAACAGCUACUCUAGCAUAAAUACUAAAAUAAGAGAAUUUGAAUUCUCAGCUCUCAUUUACAAUUCACAGACAAGACCUGAAUAUUAUUUUAAUGUGUGAGCCUGUGGCAUACAGCAACACAUCAGAAAGGAUUUCAAGAACUUCAAAGUCAGUUUCAAAUGUUGGUUUCAGCUUGUUUUUGAAGAUUUGAAGAAGAGUUCAAUUUCAUGCCAAACAGGUCAUAAUGCAAUCACUAUUUGCAAAUCCAGGUCAUCCAGUACAUCUAAAUACUCCAUUUUUGCCUUUGAAUGAUGAAGCAUGUCUGUGAUUGUUGCCACAACCGCCAUAAUUUCUCUUGUUAAUAGUUCAGGGAGGAUUGUUUUUCCCUUUUGUUCUUUUAAAUACUGCAAUGUAAACCCUAAGAUUUGUUUAAACAAUAUUUACUUCACUGGUCUGCACCAAAGUCCUCCCAUGCUAAAAAAUCAGUGUACUUAUAGAUUUAGGUGUGCUGAAUUCAUUCCUGAAAUUAGAAUUUCUCCUUACAAACUGUUUACGUGAGAUAUGAGAGUCAGUGAAAAACACUACAUGUCUGUUUUAUGGCAUAAGUAUUUUUCAAGCUCAGAAUAUCAUUUCAAGUAUGUUUUGAGCUAAAAAUGAUGUUAAAAUUGAUGUUGGGUUAUUUCCACCUCAACUGUGUAUUUGCUACACAUUUUUUGCUCUCAAUCAUUUUUUUCUCUCUUCUUAUUCUUCCAAAAUAGCCAGGAAUUUAUAUUUAGAAGGUUAGAAGGAAGCCUUUUUAUUAUCUAGAAGAGAGAAAAUAGACGACAAGAACAUUUUUUUGCUCCCACUUCAUAUAAAACUGGAGUUGAUCAAAAACAUUACAAAGGCAAUGAAUAGAAAUUUGGGAAACAUUCAGAUACCUCAGAUGGAAGGUUUCCUCGCACUAGCGAAGCAAAAAUAAAGUAUCUUUGCUGAACCACAAAUCUGGCAGCUCUGCAAAUCCAAGCUGUGCAAAGUUGAAAAAAGAGCUUAGGGAGCAUCUGAUAGCAUGUCCCACAAUUUUCUGGAGAAUACAGAGGCAAAAAACGAGACUCUAGUUCAGGAGCUACUCUUUUCCUGCCUAUCUGUUGGCUGCGACAUGUCUUUAAAAAUCAAUGUACUACACUCUCAUUUGGAUUUUUGCCUGAGUACAUAGCACUCAUCUCUGGAAAAAAGAUUUGGAGAGGUUCCAUCAGGACAUCGCUCAAAUGGAGAGACGUCUAUGUUAGCGGACAUCUGUUGGUCAUUCCAUUGUGAAAUGCCUUCAGAAGAUUACAAGAGGAAAAAAACUACCAAGUAAUUACUUUUUGUAGGUAACAAUUAUAUUUCAAACAUUUACACAUGUAAUUUAUAAAUCUUUAAAAGUCUAACUAAUUAAUUUUAAAAAAUAUGUUUUUUUUUUCUCUAAAAUAAAACCUUCAUCUCUCAAAAUCUGGAUGUAAUGGAGCAAUUUUGCUGUUGGAUGUGGAAUCCAUAAAGAACACUUAAAAUUUUUCAUGGGAGUGAAUUUUUUGAUUUUUUUGUUUUGCAGACCAGGGUAUUCAACCACUAUAUCUGAACAGAAGCACAGAAUCCCUUAGGAAAUAACCCCCUUACCACAUGUCACUAUUACCCACUGUAAUAGAAGGUAAAGGAAAUCUGGAACUCACCACAAUUGAUCAUCUGCAAUAUUUUUGGCAUAAGUAUUGCUUUUAAAAGACCCUUUCAAAGAAAAUGUCUAGCAGUGUGAAGUUAGAAAAUUUGGAAAAAUGUCUAUAGGCCUCUCACUUUUAGUUUAUUGCUUUACAACCUAUUAUUCAAAGCAAUAAAACAGAUACUUAUAACUUACUAAUCUUUAGCAAAAUAAGAACAUAAGUAGUUUGACAGAUGAGAGGAGACCAUUUAGUCCAGGGGUUGCCAACUUCAGCAAGGUUUUCAUUCUAACCCUUUUUUUUAAUGAGUGCCCUGUUUGUGCUGCUAAUUCAGUUCUUGUAAAUUGAUUUUAAUUGAAUUGAUUUGUUCCCCUGAAUUUCUUCAUUGUUCCUCCGAAUUGCUUCAUUUUUUUUUCCUUAAAUGGCACCCAAACAGAAAUGAAAUGUGAAGUGAGUGAGCCAACAGAAGACCAACUAAGUCAGUGCCUGCGACGCCAACCAAUUUCACUCCAACCGCCUGCUUAAUGAGGUGCCAAUUCUUGUUGUUAAUUAAACAAGUUCUUUAAUUCCGUGGCUUGUUGCUGCUCUCAUGGUGCAUUAACAGACAUUUCUGAAAUUGUCGAUUUUCUUUUUCUAAGAGCAAUGUUAAAAUGUUUUGGGGACCUGAGCAGUCCAGCGCUCCUGAGACCUUCAUCGUUCUUUAUUUUCAGAUAUUGUAUGAUGGACACCAGUUGUUUUGGCUCAUUUUGUAUCUCAUUAUUGUUUGGCUGCUAAUUAAGGAAAAAGAAACAAUUAAGGGGUCUGAGUCUUCAAGAGCAAGUCAAUUAAAAUUAGUUGAAAAGAAGUUAAUUAGCAGCAAAAGCAGGUCACUCAUUAAGAAAAGGGUUAGAAUGAAAACUUGCAGUCACGGUGGUCCUCCAGGACCUGAUAGUUCAUCAAGUACAUUUAUUUAGAUAAUAGCUAAGCUGUCCCGCUCUCUCAUCCACAUACUCCUUACAAGUUGUCAAAGUUUAUGCUAAAACUGCAUGUCUCUGUAGUUUGUUCCAGAUUGCCACAACUCACUGUGUAAAGAAGUGCUUCCUAGCUUCAGUCUUUAAUGCACUUCCUCUUAAUUUCCCCUUGUGUCCUCAAGUACGUGAUUCACCCUUAAACUGAAAGAAUUCUGCUGGAUCUGUUUUAUUGUUGCCUUUGAAGAUGUUGAAGACCUGAAUUAGUUCUCCAUGCAGUCUCUUCUGCUUGACACUAAACAGGUUUCGUUUCUCUGAGUCUGCCGGAGUAGGACAUGUUAAGUUGCUCCACUCUGCAGAGCUUCAAGUGCUGGUAUGUC